AUGUCGAACAUGUCCCUGGACAUGCACGUUAUCGCCUUGUUCGACAGCAUCAAGGUCGGGCAGACAGAAGCCCUCCUGAGUUACGAAAAGGCCGAUUUAGAGGAAAUCCGCGAUGCAGAUGGAAAUUCCGUUUUACACGUUGCCGCUUUGUGCGGGCACGUGCGGAUAGUCGAGAAACUCAAAUUUAUUUGCCCCGAGCUUUUCAAAGUCACCAAUCCUGAAGACAGACUUCUUAACGAUACCAAGCCUAAUUUACUACAGAUUUCAACAAUAAACGAUCAACGAGAAAUCUGCUUGUGGCUUUGCUCUGAAUACAGUCGUCGAGGACUGUCGCUAGAUUUUACUGAUGACUCAGGAAACUCGCUGGUUCACAUCGCGACGGCGAAUGGUUCAAUCAGAUGCCUGCAGGUUCUUAUCUCGUCCGACGUGAAGUUUCAGACGAAAAACCACGCUGGAAAAACGCCACGUGAAAUGGCGCAGGAUAAUAACCAGCCUGUCAUUAUAGGUUAUUUAUCGAUGGCCGAAUCGGUAGCACAUCUAAAAGCGGAAUUGCUUCUUCUGACAAGCCGGAUUUACGUCAACCAAAUCACACAAACGGAAGAACAAACUCAAACAGCAGCCGUUGCAAUUCAAAAGUCGAUGCGCAGUGUCAGUCCAAAGCAAGUGGAAUCGGAUGGGGAUGAUCUUGACGAUGAGCUAGUUGAAAUCAUGAAGCAAGGUAGUCAGCUGGAUUCGCGUCAGAGUUCACCAACAAGUAAACAAAAUGUGACGUCCUCGAUGAUUUACGCUGAGAGUGCGACCUCUGAAGUGCCAAGUGUAGAAGCUGACUUUUGCCGAACAUAUCUUGGCGAUGAAGAGUCCAUUCGCGCCUCCGUCAUUCCCGCGUCAAUGGCUGGAAGUCAUUAUGAGCCGACUAGUCGUCAGUUUCUGUAUUCUCCGACGAUAACAGAAUGCGCAAACGAAGAGCAAAUGGAGACAAAGACAGAAAUGCGCAAGAAGAUCUCUAUGCUAGGUCCAAAACUCGUUUCACCAAAGAGAACGCUCGGAUCGGGCCCUGUCUUGAUCGGAAAGCUGGAGUCUGUUCCCGAGAAAUCACCAAUCAAAACGCCUCAGAAAGCAUCCUCCUCAAGCUCGGAUAGACCGUCGAUUUCAGCAAGCACGCUUACUCCGAUUUCAACGCCGACAUCGACUCUCCCGAAACCUGCUAAACUAAGAACGAAAAACGGCCGACUCCUGAGCAAAUGCACCGGCAAACAGUUCAACAAUCUCCUGGCAAUCUCCUGGCAAUGUCCGAGAAGUCGAUUUCCUUGGAACACAUAA